CCAUUUUGACUCAGUGGCUAGCACUCACUCAAAGGGCCGACAUUCCGCUAGCUCGAGCCCGAAUGUCGCCAUUUUCUCCGUCGCCGCUGGAGUGGCAGCGGACCUGAAAACAGCGCCAUUUCUGUCGGCGUCCAUGAUACGCUAUGCUACCGCAGCGGAUUCCUGAGCCCGAGCUCGGAAAGGCAGCGAGAGAGAAGUAGCCGCUCCCCUUUCGGUGUUCCUCUCCUCUUCAGCUGCUCGCAGGUGGCGCUGGCGAAGCGAUCGCCGCAACAUGGGUGACUCCGAGUGACGUGAACGCUCGCUGUUUUGCUGCGCAGCUGAGAGUGGUCAGCCGCAUACGCCAUGCCUGAUGAAUAAAAGCGCCCUUUUUGCUGAAAGCAAGGGGAAAACGAAUCCCACAUGCCGCCUCAGGUAGAACCCCUUCCGGAGUGAUCGACCCACCUCUCUCCCCGAGGUUCUGUCUCGCCUCCCUCUGCACUCUUCUCUCCCCGACCACCAACAAACGACUCGGCGCGAUGGCGAUGCCAGUCCGCCUGAGAAUAAGCAACACCUGAGGUCUCAUGCGUCCAGUGAGCACCGAUUCAGACGGUCCUGCCCCUCCCGAGAACCUCUCUCGCCCCUUCCCGCCGCCCGCUUCGAAGAUGUCCCUGCUCCAGUCACUGGGUCCGGUGCAAAGCUGGCUGGGCCAGGAGUUAGAGAAGUGCGGGAUAGACGCCAUGGUCUAUACCCGCUACGUCCUCAGCCUCCUCCUGCACGACAGCUACGACUACGACCUGCAGGACUACCUACACGAGAACGACAUCUUUUUGGGCUGGGAGAAAGGAAGUGGGAAGAAAUGGGGCAAGAGUAAGAAGAAGGGAGGGACUGACCUGAGUCUCGAGGAAAUGAAGAAACAAGCGGCCGUGCAGUGUCUUCGCUCUGCAUCUGAUGAAAACUCUGGAAUCGAAAGCUUGGUUGAGGAGCUUUGUUCCAAACUUAGGGACAUUCAAAACAAACAGAAAGAGGAAAAACCGAUCCAAAAAAAGUCUGAUGGCGCUCUUUCUCCUAAGCGAGGCGAGUCCCCCUCUUCAAAGGACCAGGUGGAAAUGUAUUACGAGGCCUUCCCGCCUCUGUCAGAGAAGCCUGUUUGUCUCCAAGAGCUCAUGACCGUGUGGAACAAAACCAAGGCCUGCACAUACUCCAGUUCAUCAUCCUCGGCCGCUCCGCAGACCAGCACAGACACUUCCUCCCCAAAAGAUUGCAACAGCGAGUGCGAGGCUACCAAGGAGCGGAACGCGGAAGUACGCGGCAACAUCACCGGCGCGGCAAACGAGAGAGGCCAGCAACGCCGGAGCAAGAAGGAGAAGGAGAACCGAUACCAUGGCGGCGCGGCGGCAGAAGACAAGAACGCGCUCCACCCCAAAAGGCAAACGAGACACCGAUCCGAGGGGAAGUUUCGGGCCCGAUCCUGGUCUUCCGGGUCUAGCGAGGCGGGCUCGAGCUCCAGCGGGAACCAGGGUGAUAAGUCGCUCAGAAGCAAGGCGGUUCGAGUGAGGCGCAAAUCCAGAGAGGCUGGGAAGACGAAGCGACAGCGCAAUAGUGGACAAUUGAAACUUCAGGUCAAGGAGGAGCAGCAACGGAAUCCGGGAGGGAGAGUUGCCACUGCGGGCGUGGGGAAACCACCACAGCUUUACAAAAAGAGUAGGCGAUCCCUUAAAGAAAUUUAUAAAGAUCCGGUCCGGGCGCAGGCCAACGAGAUGGUCUUCGAGGAGCGAAACGCAAAGGAAUACAUGGAGGAGCCACUUUGGUACACCGAGCCAAUCACAGACUAUUUUGUACCUUUUAGCAGCAAACAAAGCAAGCUGGAAACAAAGUAUCGAAGCAAAGUUAGCUCUCCGCGAGACUUGGCCUCGUCGGCCGACGCGCCUUCGCUACCCGAGAGAAUCCAGGGAAUCUGCUUUGCCAACGAGAACCGCCAGAGAACGUACCUUGCCGCCGGCUCCUUUGUCGACGGUCACUUUGUGGAAGCGCCCGGCGAAGCGGAGGAUGAGACGGCUCAACUCAUCGGGACCUCAAGCUGCCCUCAGCCAGAGGAUAGUGGACAUUUAGAUGACAAGCAUCUGCUAGAAUGCACCGACUUCUAUGAAGUUGAUAUUUAUCAAUCCAUAUUGGAUACUAGUGCCUCAGACUCGUUACGAGAGAGCCGGAUCCUCGGCAUGAUUCGACAAAAAAGCAAAGAGCAAGAAGAAUCUUUAGUGUUAGAUGGCCUGGAGCGGCAAGGGAAAAGUGCAAUAAGGGCAGACUUGGAGGAAGCUUCGGAAUCCUACGGCUUUCUAACGGAGGAUCUGGACAAUAUGGCUCAAGUCUGGGGGUGUUACUCGCCGUCUACUUCAGACGACAUAGAUGGAGAAAGCUUCAUGGGCGAAUCGCCUGUUCGCCUCUCCCCACUCCUUGAUAGUGUUUCCUUCACUCUGAGUAAUCUUUCCGGAAAUCUGGCGGAGCGGCAAGUUCCCCAGGCCACCAGCGAGCCUUCGUCUCGCUUCUCUCUUUUCGAGCUGCAGUACGACAGUCCCACUCUUUCUUUUCCCCGCGACCCGCUCUCCGUCGUUAACGAAAGCAACGCCGAUCCCGCUAGCUGUCUCGACCCGCACUCUCAUAAACAGUCUCGUUUGCUAAUAUGGACCAAAAAUAGUGCCUUUGAUGAAACUGAACACUGCUCAAACCUUUCAACCCGAACGUGCAGUCCGUGGUCGCAUUCGGAGGAGACCCGCUCGGACAACGAGCACGGGAAUGAUCCGGCGGCUCAGAUGGGCGCUGAAGAAAUCGAUUGUAUCAUCCCUCCUAUUUCUGGUGCAUAUCUAGCGGAUGAAAUCUUGGACUUCUUGCAGGACGACUCUGGGCACAAAUGUGAAGAGGCUGGGAUUUGCCAGAGUUACACCAAAAAAUCCAAGUUGGAGUCCCUUUGCGGAAUAGCGCUGGAAGAGGACGAGAGCAAGCAGUACAGCGCCGGAGUUUUCUGCGAUAACUCGACGCGACGGAGGGGCGAGUACGGCUCGGGAGUAAUCAAAGACAUUUGGUCUGCUGUCGGCGAGGCCAAGCUGGCGGCGUCGAGGCAAGGUAGCGAGAAAAUGAGCGACAAGGUGUUUUCCCAAGACUCUGGAGGUUACCGCGGCAGCUGUCUGGAGGUGCAGGCCAAUGGCGGCGCAGUUGAGGGACCUCAGACAAAAGCGGUGCAGCGCUCAGAGUAUCACUUGUGGGAAGGAAAGAACGAAGAACAGGACUUGGCCAAAAACAAGCUCUCCAAAUUGGACGCCGCCGGCGAUUACAUGACUCCGUCCAAGCCGUGGGACUUGAGAACAGAUAAAGACAGUACAUCUUUCAUCAUCGGCGGGGUGUACGGAGAGUUUAAGACGUUAAGUUGCGAUAAGAAUUGGGCCGUCGUUCCGCCGAACGAAGCUCACCACAGCUUGCUACAGUCCGCGUCGGCUUCUAGUUCUGAAAUGCUGGAUGUGUUCGUGAACAAGGGCGGCUGCUUCGCUCCCGGACACCGGCGCCUGCGGAGGCCUCUGGUGUCUUUCGGUCAAAGCGAGCACGCCGUCGCCGGGGGCCGAGACGGAUGGAAUAAGGGAUUUUCCUUCAUCUUCCGCGAAGAUUUGCUGGGAUCCUACGACGGCUUGCGUAGCAAGGAGCAACCGUACCCGUUUGCGUCCUUCGACCUGAACGAUCCCUUCUCUAAGGUUCUCCACGUGGAGUGUUCCUUCGAGCCGGAGGACAUGGCUUCCUUCAGUCCGGGGUUCAAGCCCAAAUCUAUCCUUUGCUCCGACUCGGAGAGCGAAGCCCUCUGCCCGCAAAUUUACAGCAUCAACCAAACUCAGUACAGGGCCAUCCGCAUUUCCCCGAGGACUCAUUUCCGGCCGAUAUCGGCCUCCGAGUUGUCUCCCGGCGGCGUGAGCGAUUCGGAGGCCGAGACCGACAAAGACGAGCCGAGUUUUCCCGUCCCGCCGCCGGCGGACGUCUUCGAUGAUCCUCAAGCCGAUCUCAAACCGCUCGAGGAGGACGCGGAAUGCGAAGGCCCGUAUUACGGAAAGUCCGAACUGGAAUCUGGUAAAUUCCUGCCCAGGUUAAAGAAGUCGGGCAUGGAGAAGAGUGCCCAGACCUCUCUGGAUUCACAGGAAGGCCCAGGCGUCCUCCUGCCCAUCGCUGAGCAAGAGAGAUGUUCGGACUGCCAAACGGAGGGUCAAGUAUCGCCGCAAAAAGAGGAAUCCCCGGGGGGGAAACAGACCUAUCUAGGUCAACUUCCGAAAUACAGGAUUGCGUACGACUUUGUCGGAAAUGUGCCAGAGUUCCCUCUGUUGAAUAUAAGCGGACAGGGUGGAACUGGGAGCCAGGACGACGAGUGCUGGUGGCAGAACGCACUCUGCCCGCCCUUGUUUCCUGGAUCUUAGUGUACAGGGAGCAGCAACAUUUAAGUUCUUCACUUGGCGAAGCGGACUCGCGUCGGCAAGAGGAAACGUCGCUCAAUUGCGGCGACCGGACCGCUCCCAGCUUUUAUUCAGGUUCAUCUCCGAGCCACAAAAGCUAAGCUAAUUUCUCGCGCUUUCCACGCUACUCCCACACGCGCAUAACUGCUGUUUUUUUUUUUUCCCCUAAUGACUAACUCGAUGCUUGUGUAAUCAAUCAGAUCGAAAAAAAGAUAAAAUAGGAUCACAAAAAAAAAAAGAUUUUGCGUUUGAGUGACGCCACGUGAAGCAUUUUCGAAUCUUGCAGCUAGCUAGCUAGCAACUAUCCACUCUUAUUUCACUUUCGCGCCCGCUACCAUCUUUCUUUUCAGCUACAAUACCGGAUAGUUAGUGGCGUCUGAAUGGUUGUGCAUGUGCGUUUGCCAGGCUAGUGUCACUCCUUUUUUUUUUUUUUUGUUUUUUUUUUUUGUUUGUUUUUUUGUCCGUGUGUGCGUGUAUUUAAACAAAAUUUGCCGCUAAAACAGCCGCAAUCUUGUGCGCUAGCGCUCCAUCUUCUGGUGAGAAAGUACAUUUUUUUUUAAGUUUUGAGCUUGUUUUCUCUGGUUUGUUUGGAUGAAUUUAUGAAAGAAAUGGAGAACGCGUGCGGAUUUUCUUUCUUUGCAGAGUUUAAAAAAAAAAAAAAAAGACUAGUAGAUGAACUCUUUCGGCGCCAUUGACGAUGAUAGACGUCAAACCGCGUGGCUGUUUGAAUGAGCUUUGUCACUAGUCGCUGAUUUAUCAUUCAUUCACCGCCAGAUUUUUUUUUUUUCCUCCCUUCAGAUUGGACGUCUAUUACCGUCAAUGGCGGUUAAUGUAACAUUUGAGUCGUCGGGCAAAAUGUACAAAAAAUGUGGCAAAAAAAAUGUCAACCUGGUUAAGCAAAAAUGACAAAAUGCCAUUAUUACACUACAAGGUGCGGUUAAAUAUUAUUUUUUAUGAAUGGUGUGUUUUUCCUUUAUUAUUUGGCUCGACAUAUAUCUCGUUGAAAUUUUGAGUCAUAUUUCGUCAACAGAGUUGUCACAGUAAGAGCGAUCGUGCGUAUUUUCUCAAUUCCGAACAACAAAAAAAGGCAAAUUGGAGUCCAAUGUUCAAGUGUAUUUAAAAUCUGCAGGGUCAAAACGAAGCAUUUUUUUCAGUUUUGCAUUUUAUAAAUCCCCCUAUUUUCCCUAAUUGAAGCUAGAUUGUACUUUUUUUCUGGCUGAAGGGAAGUCGAAGGGGCUUAUUUUUGAGAUUCUCAAGCACAAAAUUCCCAUCGGUGCGCUUUUGCUCGGAAACGGAGGUGUCAAUGUGGAGUUCGAGGCCGACUUCAGUCAUCAGACACACUCAGGAAUUUUUUCAUAUACUUUCAUAAACGUGAUCUAAAAUCAGCUUUGACAGAAACUUUUGAUUGUAGACGCCACGUUGACAUUUCCAAGCAAGCCACAAAGAUAGGUUUUUAUUUAGAGCUAUAUAGUUUAAGGAGAGGAGGGAGAUUUAAAAAGAAAAAAACUAUAUAUAAAUAUAUAUUGAAAAAAAAAAAGCCAUUGACUGCAUAAGCAAUGUGUAUGGCUUUUCAAAAGCCUCCAAGGUUUCUAUGCAAUGCUUUGGCGCUUGUAAACCUUCAAGUGGAGAGAAGAUUAUUGAAUUUUGCAUGUUGUUUUUUUUUUUUUGUUGUUGACAAAAGGACACCUGUGUUUAUUGGAAAAAAAAAUAAAAAACAGGGGUCAGCUGAAAAUGCAGCAUGCAAAUUUCUUCAAUCCACUGUUUGGGGACUUAAGAGUGAGUUCAUUGAUCAAUUCGAAGGUAUUUUGGCCCAAUCGGGACUUUUUGAAAGUUAAGAUUUGAGCUUUAUUGAAGGCGACACAAAGUGGAGUGUCUGAGUUUAACGUUAAGCGCUUAAAAACGAACACGAAAGUAACAGAACAUGCAGUUUAUUUUCCUGGAAAACGAGAGCGACCUUCUUGUUUAGGUUGGAUGGCGUCGUGAUUAGAAGAACAUGAACUUGUCAUUUCAUUCCUUCCUAUUUGUUGUGCCCAUCCAUCUCCCACGAAGUAGCCGUGUGUGUUCUGAUUUCAUGUACACCCCGAGUAAAUGAUUUUAUUUCAUUGUGGAUUUCAUUAACAUCUAAUAAAAGGGUCAACUAAACUC